UGUAAACGAGAUAAUGCUUCUCUUUUAAAUCCUACUAAAGAUGUGGCAUUAAAGGAUUCAACUAAUUAUACAAAUAAAUUUGGAUUUUCUAAGGCAUCUGAAUUAAUUGGACAAUAUGGCGAUACUAACUUUGUUAAAAAAAAUGAGUCAGAUGAUGAUUUAACGUGUCAAAAAUCUAAAAUACAAAGAUUUCUAUAG